AUGCUUCGAUUCUUGACUUGUUUUCUGGUUAUUUCUUCUAUGGCUUUGGUUUCAGCCAAAAGCCGGUAUUCCAGACAGGUCGAUGAGACACUAACGGACUCCGAAGGAUCAGGCCUUCAAUUCAUAAACUUUGAUGAGGGAUCUGCAUCAAAUCCGAUUGUUGCGAGAGAUCCCGAAGGUUCCGGUCUGAUGUACGACGAAGAAGGAUCUGGAAAUCAUCUUCUCUUCGACUCGGAGACCCCAAUCCAGGUGACAAAUGUCUCUGGUGCUCAAACUGAACCAGCAGCUCAAGAUUCCAAGGUCUUCACUCAAACAAUUAAUGUUACUGAUACCGACGUGGAAACGCUGAUGAUCAAAGUGCACUUGCCGCAAAAAACGACGAGCCAACUGCUCGACGAUCUCAAAAACGACACCGUUGAACAGAACCCAAUCACGACUCUCGACACGGCCGUUUCUCUGACCAGUGUGCUCAAUGAGCUUCUCGGACGAAUUCAGGAUGCAACCAGCUAA